AUGUCGGAGUCAACUUCACGCUCCUACGCCAGAAGCACGUCAGGCCCACGAGCCGUCGACUCCGGGACCGGACGAGACAAGAACCGAAGCAGCAGUAAACGCCAACGAAGCGACAACGACGACGACAAGUCCUCCCGCCGACCAAGCAAAGACGACCAUCGCUCCCCAAAGAAGGACUCCAGUACCCCACGAAGAAAACAAUCUUCCUCCCGUCGCAGCACCGAAACGCACGUCGAACGACCCUACUUUGAACUCGACGUGAUCGGGCAACCACGACCCGGUGUACCCCUGGCGGAUCAACCCAUCAAUGCCGCAGCCGUGGACACCUCGUCCUUGUUCGCAGUCGCCUCCCUCGUAGCCGACAACCGGAGCGGCGAACGAGUCCCACUGGAAGCGGGGAUGAUGACGGGCCAGAAAAUGUUCGACUCCGUGCAUUCGAUUCCAGAAGAAUGCGCCGAUCGCUUGGCAAAUAACGAGCCCUGUCGGCUUGUGCUGGGUUAUGUUUCGUUCCCGGAUAUGCUUAUAAGGCAGUCGGGGACGUAUCGGUUGAGGAUCACGCUUAUUAAGAUGAGUGCGGCGGGGAGUGGGGGCGGGUCGAGUAUUCUUGCUGUUGACAGCGAUCCGGUCAAGGUAGAACGGAGGCAGACUGCUGCUGCUGCUGCUGCUCCGAGGAAGGUGCAGCGAGUGUACAGCUGA